AGAGGGCGCAAUGAACGCCCCUUGGACACGUCAUUUGAGAAGUUGGAAAAGUGAGUUUAGUGCAAUUUUCAAGCAGCAUUUCCCAUUCACUGAAUGACCCAAUUUGCGUGAAAAUCCUCUCUAACCGUUCUGGAUAUCCUCAAGAUUGUGUAAUAUUUGUGAAAGAUGGCCCAAAACCCCACUAAGGCAGAUAUCGAGACGCUUUUUAAUCGUCUCAGGGCGAUCGCCACCAAUAAAAGCUGCUUCGAUUGUGGCCAGAAGAAUCCCACCUGGGCGUCUGUGACGUAUGGCGUGUUCAUCUGCAUUGACUGCUCGGCUGUUCAUCGAAGUCUGGGAGUUCAUCUGACCUUUGUGCGCUCCACGAAUCUGGACACCAACUGGACGUGGAUUCAGCUGAGACAGAUGCAGCUGGGAGGCAAUGCCAGCGCAGGCCAGUUCUUCAGGCAGCACAACUGCAACACCACCGAUGCCCAACAGAAGUACAACUCCCGGGCGGCUCAGUUAUACAGAGACAAGCUGUCGGCAGCAGCUCAGCAAGCGAUGAAGAUUCACGGGACUCAGCUCAAUGUUGAUGGCAAUGUGGAAGGAAUUUCGGCCAAGCAGGAGAAGGAAGAGGAGGAUUUUUUUGCAGAUUGCACAACAAAUGGCAAUUCCGAUGUCCAGGAAGACUAUGACAAUAGCAGGAGGAAGCAGUUUGAUGAGCCUGUGGCUACAGAGAGCGCCCCAGCGGUUCGGAUGACAAUGGAAAACACUGGAGCGCCGAGUGUGGACUUUCUCAACUCGACAGUGCCUAUUGAAGCGCCCAAAUCGACAAUUGGCGUGAGGAAAAUUCAGCCCAAGAAGGCGGGCAUCGGAUCAGCGAAGAAAGGUGGCUUGGGCGCGAUGAAGGUGAAGACAAACUUUGCUGACAUCGAGCAGAGAGCCACGAUGGCGGACCAGAUGAAGGAGGCUCCGGCGCCGGAGAAGAAACUCACAGUCGAAGAGGAGGCAGAAGCGAUCGCCAGCGUGAGACUGGCCUAUCAGGAUUUGUCUGUGCAGAAGACACGCGAGGAGGAGCGUCUGAAGGCCACAGAUCCAGCCAAGGCGAAGCAAAUGGAGCGCCUGGGCAUGGGUUUCGCGGGCAGGAGUGCCGUAUCUCAUUCAGCGGUUAGCGACAUGAAGACGCUGAGUGAGGAGAAAGCGCCUGCCAAGGCGAAGAGUCGCAGCUUCUUCGAUGCAGACGCCAAUGAUGGGGGUUUCUUCGAUGAUCUGCUGCCUAUGUACUCCACCAGUAUGAUUGUGGGUGGGAAGUCAACGGCUAGCAAGCAGGAGAAGAAUGAGGAGUGGACAAUUGUGAAUGCUAGCGAUGCGGUGGAUCCCAUCGAUGGCGAUCGUCCGGUGAUUCACACGAUGUUCAUGCAGCAGCCCACAAAGAGUACGCCUAAAGAGGCGGCGAAGGUGGUGCACAAGUCGUACGACAAUGAUGAGGCUCAGAAGAAGUUUGGUGGCGCGAAAGCAAUCUCAUCUGAUCAGUUCUUUGGCAAUGAGAGUUCCACCUUUGAGAGAUCAUCCAAUUUGGCGCGCUUCCAGGGUUCCAGCAGCAUUUCAUCUGAUGACUUCUUCGACGAUGGCACAGGCAGGAGCGUAAAUCGAGGCGCAAACUCCCGGAUGCGCAGCAUGGACAUCCGCGGACCGAAUCUCGAUGAGGUGCGCGAAAGUGUUCGCCAGGGUGUAACGAUGGUGGCGGGGCGCUUGAGCACGCUGGCCAGUGAGGUGAUGACCACGAUCCAGGACAAGUACGGCGGAUAGGGAUCGGCCACGUCGUAGGCGCGCCAACAAAUUUGAAAAAUUGAAAAUGAGACGGGGAGAUUCAGCAUAAUAAAUAGGGCGAUAAAAUA